AUGGAUUUGGGAUUGGCGGCGUUUGUGGGUGCUGAGGAAGUACUAGAGGUUCAGCAACUUACAGCUCUUUUGCAACACGUUGUCGUUUCUUCCGGUAGAGAUUCUUGGGUGUGGAAACUGGAUGAUUUGAGGCAAUUCAACGUAGCAAGUAUCAAAAAGGUAUUAGUCGAGUUAACUUGUGAUCCACCUGAUUAUGUAGUGUUAUGGAAUAGUUGGAUUCCUAAAAAAGUCGGUUUAGUCGCAUGGCGUGCCCAGAAAGAACGACUCCCAACCAGGUUAGCACUGUCAAGGAGGGGCGUUCCGGUUCAAAACUUGGUAUGUGCAGUUUGCGGGGAGUCUCCUGAAACCAGCGAACACCAUUUCGUUACUUGUGAGUUGGCUCAAACUGUUUGGCAGCUAGUUUAUCAAUGGUGCAAGGCUCCUUAUUUUCUGGCUUUUAGUUUUAAAGACAUACUCGAAGAUCACAAACGGUUCCAUGGUUCGGUAAAAAAGAAAAAGGCCUUUCAUGCGGUGUGUUUAGUCACAAUCUGGUGUUUAUGGAGUUCGCGAAACGAGCUUAUCUUUUCAGGGACAUCGAAGUCGAUAACAACAAUCUUGGAAGAAAUUAAGGCAAAGAGUUUUUUAUGGAUCAAGAAUCGAGCAAAGGCGUCGGCGGUUACCUGGGAACAAUGUUUUUUAGAUCAUUAUAUUUGGUGUAUAAUUGGCUGUAGUUUUUCAAGUUUUUUGGUGUAUGCAUGUUUGGUGUUAGCCGCUGGCUAG